UAAAGAGCCACUAGUGAGGAGUCACUGAAGACAGUUAACUAAGAGCUCUGUCCUGAAGAGCAAAUGCACUAAUUGAGAGCUUGGUAAACAUCUGAGAUCUCUGAACUGCCAUUCCUGAAGGUAAUCAGAGGCUCUGAAAAGUCCAGAUGCCUGAUACCUUCAACUCUUUGUUCUUCUUUUUGAGCUCCUGGAGAUAUUGGUGGGUUUUUUUGGGGGUGGGUCUUUAGACACCUGAAAGUCAGAGAAAUGUAUAAAACCGGUUUUUGGCAGCGUUGGUGUAACAUUAUAUGGCUCCGGUUAGGCUGCCUGCUAUUGAAAAAUGUGACGGGGACCCAGCGAACCUGAAAGUUCAUUGAGUGCCUCAAUCUGCGAUGCUUCUCCAGGCUCAUUGCUCAAGACCACGGCGAACCUCAUGGAACAAGCCGACUCUUGUAACCUCUUUAAGCCAGAGAGACAGCGCGGGCUGAAGAAGCAGAAGAGCCCAGAGUGAGAGGCAGAGCUGAUCCUGGGGUUUCCUGAGCGGGAUGUGGCUGCAUUGAGAUUGAGUGUGUGGACAUUGAGCAGUCACACGGCCUCGGGGCAGCGUGCAUGACAGCUUGAGCCCUACAGAGCAAGCUCUGCCAACUCGUGCUCCUCCUGCUUCGCCACCACUGGUCCGCGCCAUGGUCCAUGCGCCCCGUGUGCAGCGUUCAACCUGAGCGGCCACUAUGCUCCCGCUCCCCCGCUGAACGGUGCCGUCGCAGCAGCAGCGUGCCAUGACCAGCCUGAAGCGAUUGCAGACUGAGCGCAGCGCGGGCGGCUUCGUGCUCGCCACCGAUGAGUUCCACAUGCGCCACCUGCGGCUGCCCAAUGGUCCGGCGCCACCCCUGCGCAGCGAGAACACCCACCCUGCCACACGGCCCGGGGUGCCCAAAAUGGGAGUGCGGGACCGGGUGGCUGAUUGGCCCCCUCGGAAGGACACGCCGGGGGUGUGGCCUGCCUCCAUGGACUCAGAACCCCCAAGCGCGGUGGGUGGGGGCCCAGGCAGCCUGCCACACAAACCGGGCCUCCUGAUGAGCCCACAGGACUGCUCUAUGCUGCGCAAUAUUCAGAAGACACUGAAGAGCAAGACGCAGGGUACUGGCACGGCCACCACCACCGACCCCUCCUACCUGUCCCCUGAUGAGUACCGCGGGCCACCACGCAGGCCCAGCCGACGCGUCCGGCAGCGGAGCAACAGCGACAUCACUGUUGGAGAGCUAGAUGGCGACGGCGACAGCCUUGAGGACUGGGAUGCCUCCGGCUACAAGUGGUCGCCGAUCCACCGGGAAUACGGCAGCACAUCCUCCAUCGACAAGCAUGCCGCUGGCGAGAGCUUCUUCGACAUGCUCAAGGGCUACCAGGGCGACAAGCCCGACCAGCGCAGCCCAGCACCGGAGAAACUCGGAGACCUAUUGACUGCCAGCCACAAGCAGGCCGGCCUUGACGUUCCGGACGGGCCCAUGGUGCCCACAAGGGGGAGCCCUUCUGGUCGAUCGAAGUCCAUGAAGAGGCGGACCAAGUCGGAGAUCGGUGGGGACUCAAUAUUCCGCAAGCUCCGCAACUCACGUGCUGAGGGGGACACGUCCAGAGCGGGCUCGGACGCUGAGGACGGCCGCUCGGAGGACGGCACCUCUGCCUCUCAUAAGCCAUGGGUCUGCCAGAAAGGCUUCGCUCACUAUGACGUCCAGAGCAUCCUGUUUGACCUCAACGAGGUGGUGCGGAGCAGGCAGAUGGCUGUCAAGCUCCGAAACACCAACACAGGUGCCUCGGCUGCCGGCAGCCAGGAGGAGCUCAGCCCCACCCUGGACUCUGGAGACGGCAAGAGCAACGAGCUGGUGCUCAACUGCCCCUGCUUCCGCAACGAGAUUGGCGGCGAGGGCGAGCGCACCAUCAGUCUGUCCAAGCUGGGCAGCAUUGGCAGGGGGGGCAUCGUGGUCACCGGAGAUGGCAACCCCUGCGAGUCGUCCCUCAGCUCUCACUGCACCAAUGCUGGGGUGGCUGUGCUGGAGAUGCAGAAGGAUGGCCAGGGCCUCCACAGCGAGCGCAGCAAGCGCUACAGUGUGGAGCACGUGGACCUGGGCGCCUACUACUACAGGAAGUACUUCUACGUCAGAGAGCACUGGAACUACUUUGGGAUGGAUGAGUCACUGGGACCAGUGGCAGUAAGCAUCCGCAGGGAGAAGCUGGAAGAUCACAAGGAGCAUGGCCCGCAGUACAACUACCGGAUGAUCUUCCGAACCUGCAAGCUGACCACGCUCCGGGGGUCAAUCCUGGAGGACGCUGUGCCCUCCACCUCCAAGCAUGGCAUCGCCCGUGGGCUGCCCUUGAAGGAGGUAUUGGAAUACUUGGUGCCUGAGCUGAACACGCACUGCCUGCGGCUGGCCCUGAACACGCCCAAGGUCACGGAGCAGCUGAUGAAGCUGGACGAGCAGGGGCUGAGCUUCCAGCUGAAGGUGGGAGUGAUGUACUGCCAGGCAGGCCAGAGCAGCGAGGAGGAGAUGUACAACAACGAGUCAGCGGGCCCCGCCCUGGAGGAGUUCCUGCAGCUGCUGGGGGAGCGCGUGCGCCUCAAGGGCUUCUCCAAGUACCGCGCUCAGCUCGACACCAAGACGGAUUGCACUGGUACCCACUCCCUGUACACUACCUACAAGGACUAUGAGAUCAUGUUCCACGUGUCUACCAUGCUGCCCUACACGCCCAACAACAGACAGCAGUUGCUGAGGAAACGGCAUAUUGGGAACGACAUCGUGACCAUUGUGUUCCAGGAGCCCGGUGCCCAAGCCUUCUCGCCCAAGUACAUCCGUUCACAAUUCCAGCAUGUGUUCAUCGUAGUGCGCGCACACAACCCCUGCUCGGAAAACACCUGCUACAGUGUGGCUGUUGCCCGGUCCCGGGUUGUGGCAUCAUUUGGCCCACCCAUCCCCAAGGGUGUGACCUUCCCCAAGUCCUCGGUCUUCCGGGACUUCCUGCUGACCAAGGUGAUCAACGCGGAGAAUGCUGCUCACAAGUCUGAGAAAUUCCGGGCCAUGGCCACUCGGACACGCCAGGAGUAUCUGCGCGACCUGGCUGAACAGCAUGUGACUAGCACUCCCAUCGACCCCUCUGGCAAAUUCCCCUUCAUCUCGCUGGCCCAUAAGCGGCGGGAGAAGACCCGGCCCUAUGUGGGCGCUGAGCUGCGGAGCCCCAGCGCCAUCACUUGGCCCGUGCACAUGGAAGACCACAAUGCUGGAGGCGAACUCGAGGGCCUGCUGGGCAUCUCCAACGACGCUCUCAUCCUGCUUGACCUUGAAGCCAAGACUGUGGUCUUCAACUGUUCGGUGCGCGACGUGAUUGGCUGGACCCUGGGCAGCCCAGCCUCCAUGAAGGUCUUCUACGAGCGAGGCGAGAGCAUAUCGCUGCGCUCCUUCAACAACAAUACAGAGGACUUCCGGGAGGUGGUCAAUCGCUUGGAGUUCCUGACGAAAGGCUGCGAGACCACGGAGAUGACUCUGCGACGGAACGGCCUGGGCCAGCUGGGCUUCCACGUGAACUACGAGGGCAUCGUGGCAGAAGUGGAGCCCUACGGCUAUGCCUGGCAGGCAGGCCUGCGGCAGGGCAGCCGCCUUGUGGAGAUCUGCAAGGUGGCUGUGGCCACGCUCUCUCAUGAGCAAAUGAUCGAUCUUCUACGUACAUCGGUCACCGUGAAGGUGGUGAUCAUUCCACCGCAUGAGGACUCCAGCCCUCGCAGGGGCUGCUCGGAGCUAUACCGCAUGCCAGUAGUUGAGUACAAGAGUAACGCGGAGAGCUCCAACUUUGAGUACAAGCUUCCCUUUCGCAACAACACCAACAAGUGGCAGCGUAACACGUCGAGUCCCCAGCAAACGCUGUCAGCCUCGCCUCAGGGUCAUGGGAGCACGCCACGUGCCCUCAGCAUGGGGGGCAGCAUUGGGAAGACGGGCUCUAUGGAACGUCCUGACAGGGCUGCCAUGAUGCCCCGCAGCGUGUCCAGUGAUGGGCGGCCCUUAGACCCAAAGCGUUUUUCCCCGGGCUCAGAUAACUAUGCCCUGGCUUCUUCCAUGGUAAUGGGCCGCUCCCCACCAAGCCGGGCCUCUCCCAGCAACCUCUCCUACUCCAGUGACACGGGUUCCGGAGGCUCCGCCCACUGGCGCCAGAAGUCCAUGCCUGAGGGGUUCAGCAUGAGCCGGCACUCGCCGCUCUCAGUGGAUAGGCAGAGUCUGGGGGAGACGGGGGGCAGCGGCAAGUCCACACCCAACUGGCAGAGGGCCGAGGAGUCGGCUGGGACUGGAAGCAGGGCCUCAGACUCGCCGGUCUCCAGGUCUGUCUCAUCCCACUCGGGGGUGCCCCGUAUCCAGCGGCAGGAGCAGGUUGUUCACCUGUCCCCCAACAAGACCAGCCAGGCGGAAGCCCCCUACUCCAGCCAUUCCAGCAGCAACACUAUGUCCAGCAGUGCUUCGAGUGGCGCCCACAGCGACGAUAAGUGGUAUGACAUCGGAGGUGGGCCUGUGGAGCGGCCCGACUCGGAAACCAAUGGCUAUGCCACCGGCUACCUGCAGGGGGAGUCUGCGGAUAGUGGCAUUGACGCCGCCUCUUAUGGGCCUGCUCACAGCUCAGGCUCCCUGCUGGCCUCUGGGGCCCCAGGGUUCCGGGAAAAGGUAGCCACUACCUGGCACAGCCCCACGGAUGGGGGCCAGCAAGUGCCGGAGUGCUCCCCACCGACCUUGGGCUCGCCCGUGCCCCCGGGUGGCACCGAAGGUCUCGCCAAGAGCCCCUCUACAUACCUGAUGCGAGAUUCCAGCUCCUACACCCUGAAUGACGUCACAUCCUAUUCCAGCACUCUGAGCUCCAGGCACUCUGCCAGCCCGGGGCUCCAGGGCUCCAGCCAGAGCUCCCCCCGGGAGGAGUCUGUGCCGGCCACUUCGCCUUCCUCUUCCUCCUCUCAGAGCUCCCUCUCACCGGGACCCAAGAGCUUCUACCCGCGCCAGGGUGCCACCAGCAAGUACCUUAUUGGCUGGAAGAAGCCAGGAAGCACCAUCAACUCAGUGGGCUUUGGGGACACACGAAAGCGGCACCAGAGCGAGGGCAUGGAGUCUGGCCAGCCACAGCUGACAGCCACCAUGCGGGACACGCAGUCACCGCAGCGCCUGGCCAGGUCCACCAUACAGGAGGACCUGAAGAAGCUCAUCAUGCUGGACAGCCCACCGCCGGCCACCAGCCAACAAAAGCCUUCCUUUUCAGGCUCGGCCCCCGCACGCCGCUCUCUGCACCGUACCUUAUCAGACGAGAGCAUCUACAGCGGCCAGCGUGACCCAGCCUUUGGCCUUGACCAGCCGGCCUCGGCCGACGUGUUCUUCAGCUCCUCCACCGUGCCACGCUCCCCCACAGUGCGGGGGGGGCCCCUCCGCCGGCCUUCCUAUCUGCUGGGCGUCAAGCUGCACGGAGACCUCUCGGCAUCUGAAACCUCCCUCACGGACCUCCAGGAGCGGAGGCGGCCGCCAGUUCCGGACCCGGGCCUGAUGCCGCUGCCAAAUGCAGAUGCUGACAGUGGGCUGGACUGGUCCAACCUCGUCGAUGCGGCCAAGGCCUUCGAAGUCCAGAGGGCCUCACUGCUUGUCACUCAAGAUGUGAACCACCAGCCCAAAGGUGGCACCUCCAGUCCUCAGAAUGCUGAGUGCAGCCAGCAGCUCUUCUCUCCAGGUGAGGCCCCCAUCACUCUGGCAGGGAAGAUCAGCCAGCUGGAGUCCAUGGUGAAGCUGCUGCAGGACGACCUGAAGAAGGAGAAGCAGGACAAGGCAGUGCUGCAGGCCCAGAUCCAGAGCCUACGUGAGGACAACCAGCGUCUGCAGGAGGAGUCCCAGAGUGCCUCUGCCAAGCUCAAGAAGUUCACCGAGUGGGUCUUCAACACCAUCGACAUGAACUGAGGCCGUGCAGCAAAGGCGAGGGACCAGAGCAACAGAGGCCUGCUGUCUCUACCUGGAAGGCCAGCGAGGGACCCUGCGUGCCUGAAGAUAUCACAGCCUUCUCUGGGCACCAGAGAGCUUGUUUACAUACUCUCUCUAGCGCCUCCUACCUUUCCCCAGAAGAAAUGCGAUGCCUGUGUGCCAGUCUCCAAAGACACCCCCCUCCCCCUGAAUUCUAGUUCUUUCCAGAAUGUUUUUUUUAAUCGUUUCCUGCUUUGCCUGUUCCUGGAAGAUCUCCGCUCCUGGGGUUUUCUCAUCCUUCAGCUGGUCCCAGUCAUUCUGCCAGUCCACAAGCAGGAUGAAUUUGACAGAAAUGGACUCACUCACAGGUGACCAGCCAGCAGGACACUGUGUCCACCUGCUUUUCCCCCCUUGGUUGCUGCUUCCUGCCAGUUCAGCUCACUUCUGUCACUCCUGUGGCUGUAGAGCUUAGUGGAAGGAGUCCUUUGAAGGUGCCUUGGAGGACUUUUUCCGCAGGCUGUUUCUCUACCCUCCUCACCAAAACACACACUCCAGAGAGCAAGCUGAACGUCACUGGAGAUUUUCUACCUCCAGCCUAAGUCUUGCAGAUGUCCCAAAAGCAGGCGAGAGUAUUCUGAGAAGACUUCCACCCUGUUCAGUUUUUUUUUUUGGUUGG